AUUUAAAAAGAUCCAGACUUCACUAUGGUAUUGAAGGGACAGCUCCAUCAGAGCAUCCAAUAAAGACACUGAAUCCAAUGCGUCUCUUAGCUGCGGCAGCCCAUGUAAAUCAAGAUGUGUGUGUUCCAUUAACACAUAAGCUUUUUGCUGCAUAUUGGGUCCAAAACAAAGAUGUACGAGAAAGUAGUGUCUUACAAGAAAGUGCUUCAUCAGUUGGCUGGCAAGUUGACAUUGAUGAAAUGAUUGGAGGGAUUGGGAAAGAGAAGCUUCUGCAGAAUACCCAAGAGGCUUUGGAGAGAGGUUCCUUUGGUGUGCCCAGUUUUUGGGUUAACAAUGAACUCUUCUUUGGUGUGGAUCAUUUACACUUUGUAGAGAGAGCUUUGGGAAAUAAAUCAGCUGCCCCACCAAGGUUUCACCCAAACCCUACUGAACCCAGAAAAGCUAAACUGACAAUCUACCACGAUUUCUCCAGUCCUUGGAGCUAUAUCGGUUCAACACAGAUCGCCAAGUUGGUGGCAGAAGUUCAUCCAGUAUCAGUUGAGGUUGAAUGGGUGCCAAUUUCAGUUGGAGCUUUGUUUAAGAUGAUAGGAACACCAGUGGUUCCAAUGCAAACGAUCAGUGAAGCUAAGAGAGAAUAUGGAAGCAAAGACCUACAGGAGUGGGCAAAAUAUCAUGGGAUUCAGUUCCAGUUCACAUCCCAUUUUCCCUUUCGUUCCAUUCUUCCACUGAGAGUGACGCUUGUAAACCCAGAUGACCGACUGCGACAAACUAUGUAUGAAGCCGGUUGGCGAUAUGAUAGGGACAUUGGCGAUCCUAAGGUUCUGUCCUCAGUUCUGACCGAAGCUGGAUUCGAUGGCGAAGCGUUGACAGCAGCGACUCAAGAUCAACAGAUCAAGGAUCAAUUGCGGAAAAACACAGACAGAGCCUUUGCCACCGGACUUUGUGGAGUUCCGAGCUAUCAAGUGAACAAUGGAUCCGUUUUGUGGGGUCAAGACAGACUUAAUGUUAUCGCCGACCUGCUUUGUGGCUGGGAAGACCACUUAAAACCAACCAAUCACAGCAAGCUUUAAACAAUGCAGUUGUUCAGAAGAAAAUGACUUUUUAUUCUACAACGGGUGAACUUACGUGGGAUACUUCCGUGACAGAUUUGAACAAAUCAAUGUUCUGAUUAUUUAAACAAAGUUUAGCCGUUGUUCAACCAAACCACGUCCAAAACAAUUCUCAAUUUAGCUGAAACUUUCAUCUGAACAUUUAUUUUUGCGAACAGUGUCAGGAGGGCCGAGAACUAACAGUACAAGGACUUUUAAAAAAUUCAAUCAACCCCAGUAUUGAGAAAGCCUGAGGCCCUCUAAUCGUGUAAUUAUACUGGCCCACUUUUUUUAAGAAAACAGACUCCCAGCUACGAACCUCAAAAUGAACAGCAAUUAAUUAACGAGGCAUAAUGACCAAAGCUAUGGCUGGCUAAAAAAAUAUGCACUGUUGAAAAAGUCCUCUGAAAAGUAAAAGUAUUCAUAAUUAUCACGUGAUUUCUCAUGCAGAAUAAAGUAUAGAAUUUUAGUGCUUUGUAAUCUUUGAGGGUAGGAAGGGACCUAAGUAAUCCAAUGGAACAAGGGGAAAAAGCAAUCGCUUUUCUCCGCUGUGACCUGAGUUCGAUUUUCUUAUAGCGUCGCGUUUCAAGUAAUUGAAUUUCAUUUUUUGCUGGAUCUCGUCCUUGUUGUGGGUUUCUCCCAUUCAAAAAAUCCAACACUUCCAGCUCUAUUAGCUUUAAUGAAAAGCCAGCUUAUCAAAGAUGUGCAACUGGCAAAAGCUAUAAAUUUAUCACGUAUGCAAAAAAGAUGAAGACGCGUAUUUCUUUAUCUUGUGAUAUUUAUUUAGUUCAAUGUUUUCUACACUGCGGGCAGCCUCGUUAGCUGUCGUGUCAUCUGGAUUACAUGAUGCUAGUUUAAUUGAUCUAGAAGUGGCUCGUUUUGCUGCGACCUAUUCUAAAUAGUUUGCGUCACAAAUUCCUCUAAUAUUGCCACUCACUUAAAGGUAAAACAUAGUAAGUAGUGUGAGAAAAAUCUUAAAAAACAGCGGACUUAACCUUCUCAUUUGCUGAGCUUUGUAAACGUCUGCUGAAGAAAAAAAGGUUCAAUAAUCAAAUGAAUUCUAAAAUAAAGAAUGUUGUUGUU